AUGUAUAUAUUGUCUUUCCUGAUUUUAGAAGUGCUCAGCUUUGCACAAGAUAAUACUUCAGUCUGCGUUCAAGAAAUGAAUAAUUUACUAUCCCUGCCAAUUAACUAACAAUUGCAACUCGUAUUACCAUACUAUUCAAUCUCUGGAGACUGGAUCGAGAAGUUUGGAUAUUAUGACAGAUGCUUAAGAGAAGAUCAGACAUACACUUCAGUCCAAAUAGAUUAAAUCUUGUACAAAUUGAAUUAUGGAUUCUGCCAUUCUAACAUUUGCUCUGCGCAUGAUUUUAAUUCUCAAGAUGCACAAAUCAUCAUAAAGAACUUGCUUAACGUUAGUGGAAUAGCCAAUUUACUAUAGAUGAAUUUAGAAACAACAACCUUAAGAUUCUAUAAUCCCUUAACAUAUUAUCCUCAUCUUGGAUUAGGAACAUAUGUUACAUCAGCUAUAAUUAUCAUAUUGAUUAUCAUGGCUUCAAUAGAUCCUAUAUUGAGAUUUAUUAAGGCUUGCUAAAGUGCUCAUACUCCUGAUGAUCGAGAUGAUGUUAAAGAUGAAUAAGCAAGUACUCCUGUUACUACUAAAAGUGAACCUUUGGAGAACUAAAACCUUAUAGUUAAAGAUUUCUCAAUAAUUCAAAAUUAUAAAAAGAUUAUGAAUCUUAAGACAAUUGAUCCAAAUUUGGCCAUGUUCAAUGGUAUUAGAGCUAUAUCAUUUAUGAUGGUUGUAUAUGGACAUGUGUGUGAAAUGACAGCCACAUCCACUUAUAUCUAAGAAGCGACCUUACAAUACAAGAAAUGGAGUAUCAUAUUGCUAUAUGAUAUGAUGUAUGCAGUUGACAUCUUCUUUUGGGUAGGGGGAUUCUUCUUAGGCUAUGUAAUGUGUGAUGAUAAGAAAACAUAAUCUUUGUAGAAAUAUCCAUUUUCUAUUUUUAUUUCGGUAGUUCAUAGAUUAAUGAGAAUUUGGCCAUGUUAUCUUUUAUGUAUUGCAAUUAAUUCAUACAUAAUUCCAUACUUAGGAAGUGGACCUAGAUGGUUUUUAGAGGAAGGAGCCACACAAUGUCCAGGAGGGGCAUGGAAGAAUGCAUUCUUUAUUGAUAACUUUUAUGAAGAUUGGCAACUUUGUUUUGGAUGGGGAUGGUAUUUAACAUGCGACUUUCAAUUAUUCUUAACAUGCCUAAUCCCAAUAAUGAUUUAUUGUCUAAAUUAUAAGACUGGAUCGAAAAUCUUAAUUUUGUUGAUGAUUUUAGGUAGUUUAGGAUGGGGAUACUAUUUAAGUAUCCAUUAUAAUUUCUUGAUUCCUGGUAAGAAUACUUAUAAUCCUAAUUAUUACUAUAAGUAUUAUGUAAGCACAUAUGCAAGGGCACCUCCUUACUUUUUGGGGUUACUUCUAGGUAUUUUUUAUAGGGAGUUAAAAUAAUCAAAGGGGAGUGGAAGUUUUAACAUUCUCAAUUAUUGUAAAUCCUUAAUUUAAACGAGUGGAAGUAGAAUAUUAUUCUAGAUUGUAUGUUAUGGAAUAGGUUUUGGUUUGGUGCUCUUUUAAUUUUUUGGAUGGAAGAAAGAAUUCAACAGUAUGGAAUUAAUAUGGCCUCAAUGGUUUUAAAAUUUCUAUCACUCCAUAAGCAAAUGUCUAUUUACAUUCGCCAUGACUUUGAUUACAUUACCCAAUUUAGUUGGUGCAUAUGAUAUAUUUAAUCGCAAGUUUAUGAAUAACACUCUGUUUAAAUUUAUGGCUAAGAUAUCAUUUUCAAUGUAUUUGGUUCAUUUGAUGAUAAUUGUAAUAAUUACUGAGACCUUUUAUGAAACUCCAUCUUUUUUCUAGUUAGAUUUAGUUACAGGAUUUGUUUGUGCAGUGUUUCUCUCGGUGAUAUUUGGAUUGAUGCUCUCACUCUUAGUAGAACUACCAUUUGGUAAUCUUGAUACUCGUUUGACUAAGCUAUUAUCAGUCUCACCUAAAAAGAUAGAACCAUUAUUAAGUUGA